AGUAUCAUUCUCCUCCGGAGAUAGCCCCUGACAGGAAUGGCGGGCCUGUUAAGUAUCAUUCUCUCCGGAGAUAUCCCCUUCAUGGCCAUCGGCCCCAUGUUGCAUCACCUGUGCCCUGGACCGUUCCCAGAUGAACAGGUUCGUUUGUUCUUAGGACCCCGUUCUGAGACACCCCAGCACCCCAGCUAUGGGCAGCCACCUCUACGCGGUGCUGGGGACUAGUACUUGCCAGAGUAUAUCCACUCAUGACGCAAGGAAGCUAAGAUCUGCUCGCGCCAUGCCGUCGGUUCUUACCAGCAUCGGUGCCACAUCGUGCAUCACGGGCAGAAUGGAGGCCCGUAUGGAACGGAGGUCCGUAUCCGUCAAUGCCCGCUGCUAGUCAUGUACAUACAGUAGUUACUUUCAUUUUAGUGGUACAAUGUAUACAGUAUUCACUCG